CCGUUGAAAAGCGAUACUGUUCUGAUUGAUGUGAAUGGUGCGCCGACAAUUUGCUAUAAGAACGCCCUGAGGCAGCGAAACAUGCGUGUCACUCACGCUAUCGCCGAUACGAUGCGUCAGCUUGUUUACAAUCGCAUCUAUAAGAUGAUCGGCUUUGAGCAAUGCCCGCAGCAUUUGCCAGUUGGUCGUUUGUUGAUAAGAAAUCAUGGCAAAAUUUGCACGCAGCACAGUCCGGAAAGUCAUUUAUUCUUUUAUCAGUCCCUGCUUUAUCAGCCAGUGGCACUGAUUAAUUGGCUGCUGGAUGGACACGGCAUCCGUGAUUACGAUUCCACCAAGCUGUACAGUCUGGAUGAAUUGGUUGAAAAAUUCGAGCCAGAUUUGUGCUUCAACAGCGAACGUCGCGGAUUCUGCAUCGUCGACCUUGCACACUCAUCGGUGCCGGAAACAGUCGAUGCUUUUGAAUUUUUUGCAAACAGAGUCUCACGGAUCAUUGUGCUGUACACAUCACUAAGAUUUUUCCUGGACAAAGUUCAGGUCAAUUUUUAUUUCUUGCCAAUUUUAAGUUAG